AUUGUUAUAGAGAACGAUGAGCAAGCAAUGGCAGAUUUCCUAGAGUUUGAUCAAACUCAUGAGCAGGUGAGAGGAAAUCUCAAACGACAUGUCGCUGAAUGGGAGGCGUUAGAAGUCACUCAACCGGUGUUAGAGAUUGUUAAAUCGGGUUACAAACUACCUUUAAUAACUCUCCCUGAGCCUACAGUGCUAAGGAAUAAUAAGCCGGCUUUAGACAAUCAGGUUUUUGUCACAGAAGCUAUAACAGAUUUACUAACUUGUGGUAGCAUCGAUAGGGUGGACUACCAACCAAAAGUUGUAAAUGCCUUGUCCGUUUCCAUUCGCGAUGAUGGAAAGAAGCGAUUAGUUCUAGAUUUAAGGCAUGUUAACCCACACCUCUAUAAAUAUAAGUUUCGGUGCGAAGAUGUAGAAACAGCUAAACAGCUUUUUCAAAGGGGGUUCUUUCUCUAUACUUUCGAUAUCAAGAGCGCUUACCAUCACRUUGAAAUUUUUGAACCUCAUCGAUCCUAUUUAGGUUUUCGAUGGUUCUAUAAGGGUAAGUUACAGUAUUUUAUUUUCAAUGUAUUACCAUUCGGUUUAUCGACGGCUCCGUAUUUGUUUACUAAAAUGCUCAAACCAGUCGUGAGUUCAUGGAGGGGUUCGGGUAAGGCCGUCUGUAUGUUUUUAGAUGAUGGAAUAGGAGGCCAUCGCUCUUUGGAGUCUGCAACAUCUGAUGCUGCAUCCGUUCGCGAGCAUCUAUCUCGACUAGGUUUUAUCCUCAGUGACACUAAGUGCGACUGGGAACCUAAGUUAGUGCAAACCUGGUUGGGACACGUUUUUAACAUGUCAGAAAAUCGCCUGUAUGUCACAGAAAAAAGGGUAAAUAAGCUCAAAGAUUCAGUAGCGCGCAUCCUCACAGGUCCCAACACAAUACGAGCCAAGCAGCUAGCGGGGGUUGUGGGUCAGAUUAUUUCCAUGUCAAAAGCCAUUGGGCCAAAGGUUUACCUGCACACUCGACAUGUAUUAUGCUUUAGAGACCAGGUGGUCCUGGAAUUCCGUCGUCCACCUAACUUCGCGCGUUUUGGAGGAAUUGUCCUUUUGGACCAAUAACGUAAGCCAACUUAAUGGUACAGAAUUSUUUGAAGAACCUCGGAAAUUCGAUUCCGUGAUUUAUUCCGACGCUUCUGGGCRUGGUUAUGGGGGGUUCGCUAUAUCAGCAGGAAAUAAAUUAGUUUGCCACGGGCUUUG